GCCCAUCUGAGACACGUAUAAACAACUCCAAAAUGAAGGAUCUUCUCCGUCUUUUUGCCUUCUCUCUUUUGGCCCUGGCCGUCUUUUCCUGCAAAUGUGCCCCCGAAGGCUUCCAUCAGACUCGGGAGGAUGCAAUUCGUGAUAACUGGGGCUAUUCCAGGGACGUAUUUGCCGCCAGAGUGGAGGACCAGUAUUGUAAAUGCUAUCCUCAGAGCGGCUCCUUUGAUAGACUAAACUGUAUUCACAUCAAAAAGGAUGCCAGGACACCUGCUGCUAAUGAUCUGGUCUCCGUAAAGGAGCAAGAGCUAACCUGCCAGAGUGGGGAAGGAUUUAGAAACUUUUAUUAUCAAGAUUGUGAUUAUGUCCAAGGAGAAGUUAAAGCACUUGCAAGUGUCAGUGAAGUUACCACGUCACCCGUUACCAUUGACAAUACUAACAAACCAUCCUGUGGUAUAUCUGAUGACAUAGAGGAAGCAACAAACGCUAAUGGAUGUGAUCUAACUCACCAGCCUUGCUUCUACACGCUAACUGUUACUAAUGUCUUUAAAGGAAAUUUGCAGAUUGGCCAAGUGCUUAAUUCGUCUGGUCCUGAUGUUCUCACCUCUUGUGGUAGUCCAAAGUCCCUCCUUCAGGUUGGACAGACUUACAUGGUCGGUUUAGGAUCAGUUUGUAGUCUCAUAAAGCCGUGGAGACCACUCACUGAGUUUACUAGUAACGACUUGAACUUCAUACAAAAGUUGAAUCAAGAGAAGCCAAACCAGGAAGGAAGAGAGAGUGAGGAAAAAGUAGCUAAGAUGGCAGGAAAUGAUAAUAAUAAUAACAACGAUAAUAAUAAUGAUGAGAACUGGAUGGAAGUAAAUAAAAGAAAUCUCGUUGAUGAUACAGGGGCAUGGUCUGAUAGGCAAGAGAAUGGGAAAGGAGAUCCAAAUAGAGGGUUUUUGAUCGAUGAUACAGGAGCAUGGCCUGACAUGAAUGGAAACAAAGAAGGAAACAAUGGCAACGUCUUUAUUGAUGAUACAGGAGCAUGGUCUGAUAGGCAAGAGAAUGGGAAAGGAGAUCCAAAUAGAGGGAUUUUAAUUGAUGAUACAGGAGCAUGGCCUGAUAUGCAAGAUAAUAGGGACAGUAAUGAUAAGCCGGUCUUUGUAGAUGAUACAGGAGCUUGGCCUGAAGUCAAUAGAGAUAAUGGUGAUGAGAAUACUCAAUGGUAUGAUAAGACAGAUAUUCAGCAAGGCAGCAAUGAAAACGAAAUUAAAGAUCUUGAUAAAGAACUUGAAAAUUGAUCAGUACUGUAACACCUCACCGUCCUCACAUACUGUUGCUCUUUAUUUCUCAGUUUCAUUCUUCUCACAUACAAUCAAUAUGUCAUUCAACUCUAUACCCCAUUCUUUGUUUUUAGGACUUUUUAUUCUGCACACUAUAAUUAUAUAUUUCUAAUGAAGUGUCAUUUCUCUCUCUCUCUACUGAUUAUUGUAAAAAUAUAAUGAAUAAAAAUAUUAUUGUCUGCCUUCUUCAGCAGCUAAUUUGUCCAUGCA